AUGUUCCAAUCUGCUUACAGCUAUUACUCGGAGGAAACAAAUAUUAUUGCACCGGCGGCUCGUACAAAAGUGGGCACCGCUGCGCCGAAACUGUAUGGCAAGGAAUUGCGCGACAUCGAUGACACUGAUCUGGAGAAUCUGCUCUCGAAACUCUCGGCCGAAGAGCUGGAAGAUCUGAACAGUGACCUCGAUCCGGAUCGAUGUCGUAACCAGACAAACAAGAAGCCAACAGGACCGUAUCAACGUGACAAGCUGCUUCUGUAUCUGGAAGAAUCAGCGAAACAGGAAGAAGACUGGGAAGAACUUGUACCGUUCAGUCCUGGAGUGAAACGAGGAAAGAUCUAUGAGCCGAAAGAAGAACAUAAGAAGAAGCCCGGUGAGAUGGAGAUGCCGAUUGAAUUGGACCUGGAUGACGAAGAUGAGGACGAUCUGGACGAGGCACUUCACGAGGCGCACGAAAAAGAUCUCGUCGAUCUAGCCGGCAUUCUUGGCAUGCAUAAUUUGCUCAACCAGUCUCAGUACUACAACGCCUUAAAGGUCUCUUUAGAAUUAUCCAAGCAUUUGACGCGCUUUGAGAACGGGGCAUCCCAGACAGUAUCCACAAAAUAUCUACAACGGCAUCUUUAUGCAUUGCUCCUGCAUUUUGCUCGAGUACUCGUUCGGACUGGAUUUUUGCAUUGUCGUGGGGAAGGACGUUGA